AUGCCACGGGGAGGAAAUAGGCUCAAGACCACACACAAUGCCGCCACCACACCCGAUGAGCCCAACGGCGCCGACAGUGGCAGCAUGGAUCUCUACGUACAGUCUUCUGCUGGUGCACUGCCUCCCGAUGCCGGCAAUGUCGGCCCAAAAAGAAGCGCAACCCUAACGUCGAUCUUUAAACCCAAGUCAGUACUAGAUGAUGUCGCUUUGAUCGGCAAAAAUCGGUUACAGAUCUAUCAUCACAUGUUGACUAUCGAAUCUACACACUGCCUCUUCAACCAGGACCAUCUUGGCCGCUUUGUGUGUCCUGUCGAUAGCACUGGACUGACGCCAUUUCUCAACCACGCGAUCACUACCAUUUCUGGACUUCGCCAGGAGUAUCUGGCCGAAGUUUUCAAAAGAGUUGUCUUCAAAUUUACGUCAAGUGAGUCGUUGAAGUUGUUCUCGGAUUUCUUCCGCGCUCACUUUAACCUCAACAAAGCGCAAGUCCCCCAUGUCCGCAUCAAGACAUUCAUUCUUCACCCUGAUUCGUUCCCUCAAGGGGUGGCCUUAAACCAAUACCUACCUGGGUGGGUUGCUCAUGGCCGUGUGGAACAAACGAACUCACAUUUCAGGUCCUAG